GUGAGGACGGCGGGGCUGCCGCGGACAGCGGGGUUCCAGCAGCGCGGGGCGACGCGGGGCGGCGGGGCAGGCUAGCGGGACGCGCCCGCGGGCGGCGUCACGAGGGGCGGGGCGCGCCGGGGGCGCGCCGGGAAGUUGCGCCUGGAGAAGUUGCCGGCAGCUGAGUCUCGGAGCGGUGGGGCUCCUCGGCCUUUCCGUAAGCGCUAGGAAGAGCAAGGAGAAGCAGACGCCGCCUCGCGGGACUCAACACCCCGGGAAGCCGUCCUGGAGAGUGCGGUCGGCCCUGCAAGAUCUCCAGCCGCAGAGACCCGAGCGAGCCAGGCCGUGAGCACGCAGCCUCUCCGCAGGGUGCGGCGCCUGGGGGCUCCGGAAGGUUGUGCAGCCCUGACGCCCAAGGACUAGGUUGUGACGCCGGCUCUGCCCCCCGGCUGGGCCAUGUCUAGAGGCCCUGGCUCUGCCCUGCCGCCCCCGACCCCGGGGUUACGGAAACCCGCGCCACAGAGCCUCAGCUGCCUCUCCGACCUGGAUCGGCGACCCUGCAGACCCCCGGGCUGCGACCCUCGGCUGCAGCCCAUCAUCCAGCGGCGCGCGCGCUCGCUGCCCAGCUCCCCGGAGCGCCGUGCCAAGGCUGCAGGAGCCCAGGGCACUGCGUGCCGAACCGGCUGCAACCGGCAGCACCGUGUGCGCUUCGCUGACGCUUUGGGCCUGGAGCUGACGCAGGUCAAGGUGUUCAACGCAGGGGACGACCCGUCUGUGCCGCUGCACGUGCUGUCUCGUCUGGCCAUCAACUCGGACCUGUGUUGCAGCAGCCAGGAGCUGGAGUUCACGUUGCAGUGCCUGGUUCCCGACUUCUCGCCGCCCAUCGAAGUCCCCGGCUUCGGAGAUCGCCUGGCACGGCAGCUCGUGUGCCUGGAACGUGUCACCUGCUCGGACCUGGGCAUCAGCGGCACAGUGCGCGUGCGCAACGUGGCCUUCGAGAAGCAGGUGGCGGUACGCUAUACCUUCUCUGGCUGGCGCAGUGCGCAUGAGGCAGUGGCUCGCUGGAGAGGGUCUGCGGGCACCGAGGGGGCCGAAGACAUCUUCGCCUUCGGCUUUCCAGUGCCCCCCUUCCUGCUGGAGCUCGGCUCCCAAGUACUCUUCGCACUGCGCUACCGUGUGGCCGGUGCUGAGUACUGGGACAACAACGAUGGCCGUGACUAUUGCCUCACUUGUCGCCGCCAUGCCCUGCACAUGCCACGCGGGGAGUGCGAAGAGAGCUGGAUCCACUUCAUCUGAGCGGCGCUGGCUGCGAACCUGGAGCUCCCAUCUCAGCAGAAGUACCGCCAGCCACUUCUCCACUCUUCCUCCCUGGUAGUCUGGCUGUGCAGCCCUGCAGCAGUGGCCUGGCCUGCCUUCUAGUGAAUUGUAGGGAGAGUUUGGUGGCCACAGGAUCUGGAGCCUGUGUGGUGCAUUUGGGGGUAGAGUGUGGGAGGGCAGCCGCAUGGGGUUGUGGUCCUUGAUUACAGGAGGACCCCGGUCGGUGUUUUGCAGGGAGGCCCUUUUGCAUGUCACUUCGGUGUGUCUAAACACAAGUAGCUGUUAUUUAUUAUUGUGAAGUUAGCCUUCCACCCAUCGUGGAUGCCUGCUCAGGGCUACUCUAGGUUCAGUAAGCUUACAGAAGGCCUGUUGUGUCUCUGCACCCACAGUGUGGCUUGCACUAGGUCCCUCGAGGCAUUUCUGCCCUCGGUCCGUAAAAAUGUGAGACCAUGUUUGCUUGCCAAUGUUUGGAGCCUUCCAACAGUGGAAACUAUUAAUAGUCAAGAAAUGUAACGCUCAUCUGUCAUCACACAACCCUUUCUGGGCUUCGAGGCUGCCCUGGUUAGGCUACGCCUCCACAUCAACAACCCUGAAAUUUAGCCCAAACAGUGCGUUCUUUGGGGGACUACCUGUCCGUGCGUUUGUCUUCCCCUGGUCUGGUACCGGGUCUGCGCAUUAACAGGCCAUAUUCUGUUUAGGUUUGGAACUACCCGAACCUUUGAAAAGAUCUUGCCUUAAGUUAUUUCCGUUUUCAAGUGGCCACAGGCAUCCAGGCAGUAGCGCCCUUCCCAGUGACCUUUUUCCACGAAAGAGAUGACUUUUAUUUAUUUUUUUUUUUUAUUUCCAAGUAUGGGAAGAUUCCAGCCUUCAUAUUUUGGAAGUCAGCUUUCCGGUGAACCUGGAUGGUGUUUUCAGAAACAGCCAGGGCACUGGAGGAAAAACAAUUCACAGAUUUUAUAUACCUAAUGGGUUUUAAAUUGUACUGUUAUGUCAGGCUUCACAACUAACUGCCACUAUAUUCUUUGUGCCUUUAGUUAGGAAAGUUGCUAACAUUUUUAUGCCUCCCCCCACUUUUAAAAUGUUAAAUGCUUUUUAAAACAAAACAACAAACAAAACCUCCCACUUAGUCCAGACCACUCACUGUCCCUUGCAGGGUGUCCCUGCUGUGUCAAUCCCUCAUGGAGGGGCUGGCAUCCCUUUGGUGCUGAGCUGUGGUCUCUCUGAUAGCAGGUGCUAGGACCGAGGCAAAGCAAAUUGAGACGGGCGAGACCUCCCAGGUGUGACUCUUGAGCCUGGGAAGUCCUGUGAUGGACUUGGUGACACCUGUCACGUUAGUUUUUGAGUGUUGAUGUUUGUUAAAUCUGCAUGGAAAAGACACAUCUUACCCAUUAACCUGCUUGGUCUUGAUACUUGAAACUUCUGCCUUUUAAAAUUCCAAGAACGGUGUUGGCUUUCUCUGGCACCUUCCGGACUAAGACAAGUUUUGAUGAUUUAAAGCAUCACGAUAAAACGACACAGCCUUUGGUCGCACUACAUUGACUCUCAAGAGUGAGAAGUCUCCAGAGGCGUUUCCUGCUGCUUAACGAACUGGACUGUCCCACGGGUCAGCAAACCCCAGGGGUCAUGGCAGCUCUAUCCCUGACCCCUGUCCAGAAUGUAAGAUAAUGGUCCAGACUCUUCAGGUAAAAGUUAGGUCUGCUUGGAGUACGGGUGCUUCAAAGCACGUAGAGAAUUUUUCAGUCUGUGGGGAAGCCAAUCCUUUGUCCAAGGGUCUAGUUUCAGAAAAGUUAAUGGUAUAUCAUCAAAAUUGAGAGAACCUUAAGGUGCCUUUUAUGACAUACCAACAAUUUGAAAUCUACAGCUUAAUGACAAUUUUGCCUGGUUGAAAAAUGAUAAUAAAAGCUGUAAGACAAUUCUGGGUGAACUUUCUGACCCUAAGACACACUUAGACUAUUGGGAUGUUAAAAUUGUGUGCACUGCACUUGUUGGGUUGUGUCCCCAAAUGUACUUAAUUGCCUGUCACUUAAAAUUAUUUUACUCAAGCCUAAAUAUUAAAGUACACGUGCAAAAACG